AUGACCUGUAAGGAGACCUUGAAAGGCAUUUUCAAGCCUAGCACCUGGAAGAAGCCGGAUAAAGCCGACAAGGAGGUCGAACCUUCGUCUUCGCCUGCUUCGUCUGCACUGAGACAAGAACCACAAUACGACCCUCAAUCCGCCAAUACAGUUCAGGCUCCACCAGGUGAAUCUAAUCUCCAUUGUCUCCCGCAAUCCGGAAGCAAGGAUGUCGACCAUGAGACUAGCCACGAUGAAGGGAACGAAAUGGCCGAGACGGAAGAGAUGACGGACAAGAAAGAGACGACAGACAAAAAGGGGAUGGCUGGUAAGGAGGAGGCUUUUACUGAGCUUCCUAGCACAGUCGAGCAGGAGGAGCUGAGUCACCGAUUGCACGAUAAGACACUGCGUAACGGUCUUUGGGAAGCAGCUUACCGGAAGGUCGGGCAGGAAAUGAACAAAAACGUCAUGGCCCAAUUUGUCAAGCUUCUAGUAGAAGCGGAGAUCAGUCAAGACGAGAAAGGAACUAGCAAUGGCGAUGCCGAUGGAAGGGGCAAUGAGGGCAAUCUUGAAAAGCUGCAGGAUAUUGUCAAGGACAAACUGGAUGUGAUACAGAAUGCAAGACUGGUCGUCAGGGGCCGCGUCGUUAGGAACGAUGUGUCUGAGAUAUUCGGAACGAUCAAGAUGUUCAAGGACAUCAUCACAGCAACUGUUAGUGCGGAGCCUCAUGCAGCUCUGGCAUGGGGUUGCGUGGCAGGAUUUUUCCCCUUGCUAGAUAAUGCACUGAAACAGUUUGAUACCGCCAAGACUGGAUUGAAAAAGAUUUCUGACAUCUUGGUUCGUUGUCGACUCAUAGAAGCAACCCCUUUAAUCUCUAAGGGUCAGUCAUCUGAACAUCCGAAGCUCCUUUCUCGGGUGAAGGACAAGAUGAUCGACCUUUAUUCACAGUUCCUAAAGUAUCAGAUUUCGCUGGUGGCUCAGUACUCUCGCCCUUCCAUCAAGCGUCUACUAAGGGACGCCGUUCUGAAAGACAAUUGGACGGCCAUGCUUACGAAUAUGAAGAAUACGGAAGAUAGUAUCACUUCUGAUUUGAAAACGCUUAAUCGGAAGAUGAUCACAAGCAUUAAUAAUCAGAUGUCUAACCUUCGGCAGACUGUGAAGUUGAUUUUGGAUGAGAGUAUAAAGGCAAACGAGGAGAUUAAGCUCCUCGCACAGGACGCCUUGAUCAGGGGACUGCCCGAAGCUGAAUAUGCUGCGUUUGAUACUUAUAGGAAGGACAUGCCCCCUCCACCAUACUGCCAUGAAGAUACCCGGAAACAGAUUCUCCGUGAAAUCCAAAGAUGGGGAAGUGGGGGCGAUAACAACUGCAUCUUUUGGCUCAGAGGCAUGGCAGGCACUGGCAAGUCUACCAUUGCUCGAACUGUGGCCAAGAUGUUCAAUGAUAAGCUUCUUCUCGGUGCCUCAUUUUUCUUCUCGAGAAGCAAUGCCGAUCGAGCAGACCCCGAUAGACUCUUUCCCACCCUGGCCCGACAAUUAGCAGAUGUGCUCCCUGGCUUUGCGGCCCACCUGAAAGACUCCAUCCAGCACAAGCAUGACGUGGCUCAGCAAUCUCUAGCUCAGCAAUGGAGAGGUCUCCUUCUUGAGCCCCUUUCUGCGCUGAGCGACAAAUUCUCGCAUUCGAUGGUUCUAGUCCUUGUGAUUGACGCGUUGGAUGAAUGCCAAAACGGACGCAUAUAUGCCCAGAGCAUCGUGAAGCUGCUGGCGACCGCGAGAACGCUAGGCAAAGUCCAGCUACGGAUCUUUGUUACCAGCCGGCCCGAGGAUUAUUUGGCUGAUGGAUUCACACAAAUUCCUUCAACGACCUAUUGUGAUGUAAUGAUUGAUGGUACUAGAGACGUGACCACAGAACGAGACAUCCGUAUCUUCCUCGAGGAUAAACUGUCCGAUAUUGCUAAAAGGAAGCAGCCUAAUGACGGGUCCCAGGAAGCGUGGCCUGGCAAAGAACGAGCAGAAAGGCUUAUUGAACGAUGUGGACGAUUGUUCAUCGCUGCAGCGACUGCCUGUCGAUUGCUCGAGGCUACUGGGUUCCUCGACGCUACCUUGGAUUUGUUGCUCAAUACAUAUAAGCAGCAUGUUUCUCUUACCAAGGACAUUGAUGAAAUGUACAAAUUCGUCUUGAAGCAGGCAAUCACAGAGCGCGGUCCUGAUAGUAUAUAUCUGAUUCCUCUGUUCCAGCUAGUAGUUGGGUCAGUCAUCACUAUGCCAGAGGCGCUCUCACUGCGUAAUCUUGCCACCCUUCUCCGAGAAUCGUGCGGAAACAUCAGAAUAAUGCUCAAAGACCUGAAGUCAGUCCUGGUUGUGCCCGAAGAUGACGACUCGCAGGUUUCAAUCUUCCAUCUUUCCUUUCGUGAUUUCCUUGUUGAUCCGAAUCGAUGCGAUGAUGAGAGGCUCGUCAUUGACGAGAAGGGAGCGAAUAAGGAACUUUUCCAUCGAUGUAUGGACAUUCUUCAUGAGAAAAAUUACUUGCGCAGGAACAUUUGCGAUCUUCGACAUCCAGGAACUGCAGCAAUUGAGUUAUCACAGGAAAUCAUCAACAAGCAUCUUCCCCAGGAGGUUCAGUAUGCCUGUUGGUAUUGGGGUACCCAUAUCAACUGUGCGGGGUCUAUUCAGACAACGGAAGCCACACGACUGUUGACCUUUUUAAAAGAGCAUUUCACCCACUGGCUCGAAGCUCUAAGUCUGACAAGGAGGAUGUCGCAUGCCAGUCCCACGAUGACUGAACUGAAGGCUCGUGUUGCCCCUGGGGACUAUUCAGAACUUUUCGAAUAUGUUGAUGAUGGGAGACAGUUCGUCAACCAUCAUGGCAUUGACAUUUCCGAGGCUCCUCUUCAAAUAUAUUACUCUGCCCUUAUUUUCUCCCCGUCAUCAAGUGUGCUGGGAAGGCAAUAUCAGAAAGAAUCUCCCCGGUGGAUAAAACUCACCUCUACUAAUCACGACUCUUGGGGCCAAGAGGAGCGUAUACUUCGCUGCGAGGAGCCACGAUGUCCAACCUUUUCUCCUGAUUCAACAAAGGUCGCAGCUGGUACUUUAUUUGGCCGGGUAAUGGUCUGGAAUAUGAUCACUGGGGCACUGGAACAACUAUUGGAAAAAGGUGACGCAAGUCCUGGGCAGCAAGAAGUUUUGGGAAUAUCAUUCUAUCCCAAUGGCAGGAAUCUAAUGGUAGUUUAUAAAGAUCACACUGUCAAUAUUUUCGAUAUUGUUACAGGGCACCUGGAUCGACGAGAAAACAUACCGGUCAGUGUCAGAGACAUUGCAGCUAUUAGAUCUUUGCCUGACUCAGGAAAAAUUACUUUCUUCUCAAAAGAUUCCCAAGCAGUGUACGUCUGGGACUCUGAGAUUGGCGAAACUAAAAUCAUACAUGGCCAGUUUGGAGAAUGGUUCUUGUCACCUAACGGAGAGCUCAUUGCAUCAUGCUCGGAUGGCCGGAUCAAGUUGAGUAAGAUCAUUCCCCUUGGCACUGAGGUUUGUGAUACCAAGGAAAUAUUCGCCUUCGAGGAGGGGAAUACUUACGGGUUCCAAGCUGUCUUUUCAUCGGAUCUCAAAAGAAUCGCUCUUAGGAUCGGUUUUUUCAGGGUAAGAGUAUGGGAUUUAGAUAAGGGAUCUGAGGAGGUAAUAGAAAUCGAGUUUCCCUUUGUCGGAGGAAUAGCCUUCCCUCCAGAUUGCACCCAGCUGGCAGUGAGCACAUAUACAGGAACUAUAGAGAUAUGGGACCUGACUACUCGCCGCGUUGUUCACCGGCUCGAAGGUUAUUCGAAUGGAGUCAGAAGUUUUACCUUCUCCCCUGAUGGUCGCAAGCUAGUCUCCUCAACGAAACGCCAGCAAGCAGUGCAAGUCUGGGAUCUCCAUGGCUUGAGUAAAGUGGACCAACCACCAGGGUCAUCAAUUGAUACUUUCGAAAGUAUACUCACUUCUAUCGUUUCUCCCAGUGGAGAAACAGCUAUUUUCUUUAAAGUCGGAAAGAUUUCUGAAGUAUGGGACCUUGCCAGUGGUAAAAUCCGACACAGACUGACAGAAGAAAUUGGCCGGUUCGCGAAAUUUUCGCCAGAUAACAAUUACCUGGCUUUCGCCGAUAUAUACGGCUGCUAUAAGUUGUUCAGUACCAGAACAUGGGAACCCAGCCUUGUUCUUGAGACCUCAGUUGACAUGACUACUGCAUUUUCGCCAGAUAGCAGUAGAGUGGUCCUCCAUGAUAAAGAUGGUAUUCUGAGGGUAUACGAUAGUGCUACUGGUAGGGAAGAACAAGCUAGCCCAACACGACUGCCAGAAAGUGAGUUACUAGUUUUCUCACCAAAUGGUGACAUGGUGGCAUCAUUGUCAGGCGAAGUCAUGACUCUUUGGAGCUUUGGCAAGGAUCCGAUACAGUAUGAUCUUGACAUCGGAUAUGAUCAAACCGGAUCCCUCGCCUUUUCUCAUAGCGGCAAGCAGGUCGCGAUAGGUUGUGAUGGGUGCAUCAAGAUCUUACAUCUGAGAACCGGAGAAGCUAUUACGAAGUACACUGGCUAUUCGUCAUCCGUUAAUUCUCUGACCUUUGCGCCAGACGAUACCCGACUGGCAUCAAGAGCUAGUAGAUCCAUCUAUAUAUGGGAUAUGGAAAAGGAAACCCCCAUUAAAAUAAUACCGUGCUACCGUGAUAUCUCAUUUCAACAGCCGCUCUUGCUGAACUGGGAAGACCUGGCCUUGUACACAUUGGAAAGGGAUCUAAAAUGGGUGACAUACAACGGGAAGAGAAUUGUGGCCAUCCCAGCUGACUUUCGUCCUAAAUUUGUCGAUCUCCUGUCUGCCAAUUCAAUGCUUCUGAUAGGUAAUAAGUCACCUCUUGGCAUCUUGCAUUUUUCCCCAGAGCCAGACUAUGCUGAUAUAUAG